GUUUUCACGGAAUUUCACCUGCGAAAGAAACACUGAAACACUGAAACCUCCUCGGAUUGAAGAAGAGGUUGCGGCAUGCACCAACCGAAUCAACACCAGCAUGAGCUCCAGCAUGACAGAAGAUUACAAGAAGGAUAGCACCAGGUUGGUAUUCAUCAAGGAGCAAGCUACCUUCAUCAUCAUUGUCAUCACAAAACUUAACCAAGAUACCAUUCAUUUUAAGCUACCAUAGACCCUAGACUACCCUCAAGAUGGGAAAUGAAGUCAGCAUUGCCCCCACCAGUCCCUACGCGUACGCGGCGACGGUUUUCUUUGCACUGUCAGCAGUUUCGUCGGACUUGCUCUUUAUCCGAUUUGCCCUGAUGCUUGGAUUCUUCUUUUUAGUCAUGGCCAGUCUGAGUUCCUUUUCCGCGGACGGAUCCUUUUCCCAAGUUGCCUUUGUCGAUGGCGAGAUUGAUAUCACCAUGAUCGUCAAUGCCUGUUUGUGUCUAUUGAACUUUGCCGUCUUUGGACGUCUCAUUCAGGACGAAAUCCCGCGAGGCAGCUUGACCGACGAAGAACAAGCCCUCUUCCGAUUCUUUCGCUGUCGCUGCGGAUUGACACGCUUGGAGUUUGACGAAAUUUUGAGACACGGUCAAUUUUUGGAAUUGGAAGAAGGACAACCCGUCCCGCAGGUCGGAUCCGUACUCUAUCUAGUGCUAGAUGGAGUCGUCGAAUGCCGAGCCGCCUUUGGAGACGACAACGAAACGACACACGCAACUCCCUCCAUUUUCAAACGAUCCGGACAAUUCUUUGACAUUCGACUCUUUAACCUCUUUACACUGCCCAUUGGAUUUGAUUCCCACGAAUUCCAAGCCACCACCAAGACACGGGUACGACUCUUUGGAUGGUCCGUCCACGGACUCGUCGCCAUGAGAGAUUCCCAUUCGCCGUCGCUGCAGCCGUAUUGGGAAUACAUGGUCUUGCGAGGAUUGGCGGGGGCCGCCGUCCGACAUCAUUUACGCGACACGGAUACCCUCUACGAUGCCUGGUUGGUCCCCGAGGACUCGGAAUGGUUGCAAGGAGCACCCUCGCGAGAUUUUGGAAAAGAACCCGCCGAUGGAGGGCUGUGGAGUACCGUGUUACACCACGUCCGAGAAAUCCAGGGGUCCUUGUUCAAUGUGAUUCCUCCCAAGGGAGUGCGGCACGGACGUCCUUCCAUGGUGUUGCAACGCAAUCCUCGACAAGAUGUCAUUGAAGUCAUGGCCAAGGCCAAACUCGACGGCGAUGCCCAACAGUAUCAUUUUCUAGCAGAACAAAGUAAACACCAAUCCACGAAGCAAUCCACAACAGACAAUACCACCGUGGUGCCAACCACCAAUGGCGCUACAACGGAAAAGCAACCAUCCAAAGACAAUGCGACAGAGCCAAAGGGAGCAGCCGACCGAUCGUUGAUUGAACAACAGCAGGCAAAACAAGAACAGCAAGAUGUUUCAAAGGUACAGCAACCAAUAUUGGUAGAGGACUCGGCGGAGCCUCCAGUAUAAUGCUUGCCCGCCAGCUUUUUGGGGUCAAAACCAACUCACUGUACCGGUGUUACUGCACAAACCACAAAAACUCCCAACACUGUCAUCAACUUGUAGUAUUAGAAUUUGCAACUUCUAGCUAGCUAGCUACCGUAGCCUCAAGAAUGCCUCGGAGCAAGCACUGCUGUACCUCGUAGCGACGUGUACUACGGUACCGUCCCAGUCCCCAGAGAUAUGACUUACUUUAGAAGUCUUGCGGAGCACGAGACUAUCAUCUUACUUUGGG